AUGACGGACGAGGCCGCCGGCGAGCCAUCAAAAACACUACAUAGCCCGAUACGCCCAAUGGUAUCACUAGAGACAGCCAACACCCCAAUAAAACCACCACCUCAGAUGACCGGUGCGGCUUCUGAGGCACCACCAUCCGGUGGCCCGCCACCUUCCCUUGCAACAGCUGCGCCUUCCGUCACAACCCACAUACCAAUACCCACACUGAAUAGCGUAACCCCGCCGUUGUUCCAUAACGACGGUGGACCGAAUCCGCCCAUUUCACCUCCUAUUCCGCUGUGUUUCCCCAACACCGGCAGAUUAAACAACGUCGGUUACAGUUUCUUACCACCACCCAUGCACACCACAAAUGGGCAACGGCAAACGACACUCAUAACACCACCGUUGAACGGGAUGCCCUCGCUCACGCCCACAACACCGUGGAAUAACACCGCUAAUGGCCCAAGCGUCGUUCUCCAAGCGUAA